UGCUCUUGACCCUUUAUUUAAUUUUUUGCUCUUGACCUUUUGCUUUUUUAUCUAUUUUUUUGCUCUUGAACCCUUGCUUUUUUUUAAUGCAUUGAUUUAUUUUUGCUUCCCUAGGCAGACGCACUCAGGCGAGGGUUAAUGCCGGCGGCCGCCUUCCCCUUUUAAUUGCUCCGUGCUGCUGCCGGGAGGAAGCUGGAGCCGGCGGUCCGGGGUGACGGGGGCACGUGGGCGGCUUUGAUCGCUGCCGACAUGGCCCAGGACGGCGGCUGCCGAGAUUCCCACCUCUACUACUACGGCAUCAAAUUCGCCCUCUCCGCCUACGCAACCCUCUUCUCGGUGCUGGGGCUGGCGAUCCUGUGCGUGGGGGUUUACGCCGAGGUGGAGCGGCAGAGGCACAAGACGCUGGAGGGCAUCUUCCUGGCGCCGGCCGUGAUCCUGCUGCUGCUGGGCCUCACCAUGUUCAGCGUCUCCUUCGUCGGCACCGUCGGCAGCCUCCGGGACAACCGCGCGCUGCUCAAGGCGUUUUUCUGGAUUCUCCUGGUGCUCUUCCUCACGCAGCUGCUGCUGAUACUCAUCGAGAUCAUCUUUGAGAGCAAGAUGAACACGGUUUUCCACUCCAACAUCCAAGAGGGCAUCAGACACUAUUACGAUGACCUCGACUUCAAGAACAUCUUGGAUUUUGUGCAAGAAAAGUUCUCCUGCUGCGGCGGCGACGAGUACAGCGACUGGCGGGUGAAUCAGUACCACGCAUGCAACGGCAGCGGGCCGCUGGCCUGCGGCGUGCCCUACACGUGCUGCGUCAGGAAGGUGCCCGGAGAAGUCCUCAACACCCUGUGCGGCUACAGGACGCUCUCUAAAGAGCGCCUGGAGCUGCUGGAGGUCAUCCACGUGCGGGGCUGCAUCCACGCCGUGGGGCUGUGGCUGCGGGACAACGCCGAGGCCACGCUGGGCAUCGUCUGCGCCCUGCUGCUCCCCCAGGUGAUCGGCCUCGUCAUGGCCUGGCUGUACUGGCAGAAGCUCAACGCCAUCCACUCGCAGUGGGACGCGGUCGAUUUUAAGCGGCCGGAGCUGCGGGAUGUCAGCGUGGGAGCGCUGGACCUGACGGGCGCCGGCUGGUGCUGGUGCCUGCCCCGGGAAGGGGGCUACGUGCCCGUGGGCGAGGAAGACGAGGAGGAAGGCGCCGGGUGCCAAAGCGAGGUGUGAGCCGCCGCGGACGACGGAAGCGGCGGGAUUUAUACGCUCAGGUUCACGCGAUGCCUUGGGGGAAGUUAUAAAGCAACGCCGGGGGGUAUUAAAACAGCAAAAAGCACUUUGCGGGCGCGGGAACUCCGCGGGGUCCUCCGCUCCCUCGGCACCUUGAAGCGUUUGUACCUGUCUUCUUAUUUUAUUUUAUUUUUUUAAUGCAAUAAAUACGACUUCUGCUGUGUUUUGCAAA